AUGGAAGCAGGCACCGCGGAAGCGGCUGGCUGGUCCGGCGACGAAGACCCAUCAAAUCGGCCAAUCCGAGGUUUCAUUGCAAAGGCUCUAUUUCUGGAGAGGCUGUCCCAGCAGCCGAAGCAGUCAGAUCUGUUCCUCAUCUACAGCCUCUUGAGUGUUGCGGCUCAGUUCACCCCUUCGCUCAGGAGCAGGUAUGGAGGCGGCCGCAAGGCUACCGAGCUCUUCAUGGAGAGGGCCACGGCUUGGAGUCUCAAGGCUCUUCACCUGCCGACGACGGAGCAUACGCAAGCCUUCUUCCUUCUUGGACUGGCCGAAUGGGGUAGUGAUGACAGAAACCUCAGCUGUAUGCACAUGGGCAUUGCUGUUCGAAGUAAAUCUCCAAUAACUCGCCCCUAUCCGUAUGACAAGUCUAAUGGCAUUUUCGUGGUAGUGGCAAGCAUUCUGGGUCUUCAUAGAGAACAGACUUACGACCUUCCCCUAAACCCUACCGCCACUGAUAUCGUCGAAUCGGAAGUAGCUAGGCGGACGUUCUGGGUACUGCAAGGACAAGAAAGCCUGCACUGUGAUGCCACGGUACCCUCCGCCUUUCCGUUGCGCGACUUGUCCGUGCUACUUCCCUGCGAAGAGAACGACUUCGCGUUUGGUCGCCGCGCCACGACAAGAGCAGCAUUACCAGGAACUUUUCCUGCGCUGAGAAACCCUCAUCUGGUGUGCCUCCCGGAGAGGUCGCUCUUCGCGUCACUCAUACAGGUACAAAAUCUCUGGGGCCAUGUGGCUCGGCUGACACACCCGACGGUGGACAACUUUGACGAGGCAACAUGGAGUCCGGGAAGCCAUCACACCCUAUUGUCGCAUGUCUUGAAAGAGUGGGAGGAUGGCCUCGAUUCUCGUCAUCGUUGGUCCAUGUGGAAUCUCCGUGGGUUCAAGGUCGAGAACCUUCACUGGGGCUAUCUGUCUCUCGUCAUGAUCCUGCGACUGUGCAACAUAACUUUGAACCGCUACUAUCUUCGACAGAUCAUGACUGCGCUUCUCAAUCCCAGUGACCCAAGCGAAGACGGAGCGCCACCGGGUUAUUGGGCCAACAUGUCGCGGAAGCUGUUCCUACACUUGUUCGAGAUGGACAAGCAAAUCGAGGCCUUUACGCGUCUUCGGGCUGCCGACGAGGCUUUCCCAACGGAAUUGAAGGCGUUGGUAGAACGCAGUGUCGGUCAAAAACUGUAUCCUCCACUUCCCGCUGACGGUAUGCUCUCUGGGUCAGGGACAACCAUUGGCUUCACAAGCGACAGAUGCUCCUCGUCCAGGGUCUGCGUGGAGAAACUCGGCGGCAACCUGUCAACUAUCGCCGCCGGCGUCCUCGAGCGGUCAAAUGCAGAACCUCGUGUCCAAUCCGGGAUUGCCUGGGACACCACACAGCGGCGAGAACCAGGCCAACGAGUUGACUGGGCAGCCACCGGAGCAGCUGCCCCCCUGGCUACAGGCAACGGCAACGGCAUCGCUCCAAACUCGGGUUCUCGAACGCCGAUGGCAUUUGGACUUGAUCAUAUGUGGAGCUCAUUCUCCUACGGCGAUAUAGAGUUCCGUCUCCCAGAGGAAUGGGCGUGA